CUAAAGUUGUUCCGCUGUAUAUCUUUUACACAAACAUGAGAGCAUAACAUCCUCAUACUAGGCUCAGCACCAACAUUUAAAGAGAGGGAGAGUGGCGUGGGAGGGAGAUGGACAAGGAGGAGAAGAUGGGCGUGGAAGACCAGCUUGAGAUGGUGGCGAAGGCCUUUGUGAACCACUACUACCACCUAUUCGAUACCAACCGCGCCGCCCUUGCGCCUCUCUACCACCACACCUCCAUGCUCUCCUUUGAGGGCCAGAAGAUCCAGGGCGCCGAGGAGAUCGGUCAGAAGCUCGCACAGCUCCCUUUUGAGCACUGCAGACAUUUUAUCUCUACCAUCGACAGCCAGCCCUCACCGUUCGGUGGUGGCAUUCUCGUGUUCGUCAGUGGCAAUCUCCAGCUACAGGGGGAGGAGCACCAGCUCAAGUUCAGCCAGAUGUUUCAGUUGAUCCCUACACAGCAUGGGAGCUUUUUCGUGCAAAAUGACAUGUUCCGCCUUAACUAUGGUUGAUUGCUCAUGAGCCUAGAAAAACAAACGAAUGAGAUGGCCAGAAUGGUGGUGUACACACCAUUUAAUUGUCCAGUCUCAUAUUUUAAUGAGUUGAAUGAAGCAUUCAUAUGCCAUGGUUGUUAGAUUUGCUAGUUAUUUGAUUUUCAAAAUGAAGUUUGAUUACUUUAAAGUA